ACAGAGAGAUUUUGCUGUUGUGCGCUCGACAAUCGUGUUGGAAUUCUUUUCUGUUUUUAGAACAGAUUAUUAAACUCAGAUGAUUCAUUAGAAACUAUUGAUACUUUCAGAAGAUUAGGGCAUUUGAAAGAAUCAUUUUCUUCCAAGUUUUUGGAGCUUGUGUUACUCCUAGGUAGAUCAUGGGCUACACGUACCACUCAGAGAACAGCUUCAACACACAUAAGAUAUCGUGACAAUGAUCUCCAUGAAGAACCCCGCUCUGUGGUGCCUUUUGAUCGCUGUUUUGGGACCAUCCAUGGUGGAACUUCAUUCUAUCGCGAAAUGGAGAAUUCCCAGGCAAGGAGGCGACUUGAAAUUAGAACCUACGGAAGCCAUCUUCUUUCCAGGGGACAAUGCCACCUUUACUUGUUAUCAUCCUUUAAAUGUUACAUUCCACUGGGAUUUUGCAUCUAAUAUUCAGUUAUAUGAUAUUAUUCAUGGUACUUCAGUGUCAAACGCCACUAAAAAUCUCCACUUCUUCAGCAAACUCACCAUCUAUUCUGUUUCGCGUCUCAUGUCUGGAGAGAUCACCUGCUCGGCAGAUGAAGAACACAAAAAAGCCAUUGGCUUUCUGAUUGUCAACGGUGUACGAAAUGGAGGUGCAUGCAGGACGUCGAAAGACUGCAUUACAGAUAAAGCAACAUGCCAAGAUGGAAUUUGCGAAUGUCCCAAAAAUUUCGUGCGUUUGCGCAUAAAAGAAAGAGGUUAUGAUGUUUGUAGGGAAAUGAUUUACAGUCUUUAUGAUCCAUGCGAAUAUGAUGAACAGUGUAUACACUUGGUGGAUCCGAAAUCCCUGUGCAAGUCGGUGUGCAUUUGUGCGCCUUGGGCGAGAGAUAGGAGAGGACGAUGUGUCUCUAUUAGCGAAAUCACAUAUAACAGAAGUCAAGAAAUGUACAGAGUCGGUCUUAUUGCCGUUACUUGCAUCAUCAUCCUCAUUGUAGCGGUGUCAUUGUGGGUCACACUAAAAAGGUCCUGUCGAGAGCAAAAUUCGGACGGACAAAGAAGAUCCAUUACACAGACGAACUCAAAUUCACAGGGCCGCAUAUCAGUAGAUCUAACAACUGACAAACCUCCCUCUUAUGAUGAUGCUUUAGUCUCAGGAAAUGAUGUAAACUCACCUCCAAACUUUAAAGAAGCAUUAAAAAACUGUAUGACAGCAAAGAGAUUGUUGAGGCAAGUUUCAGCACCAGCUGGUCAACUUCUACCACAUACUCUUCAACUUCCUCCUUCAAAUGGCAUAAACAAUUCUGUGAUUAAAGCAUCAAAGGAAGUUGGUUAAGAUCAUCACAAAGUGGAAUGAACUACCUUGCAAUAAAACAGACGACACUUUCAUAGUGAUGUGGGCUGGUCCCAUGAAAAACAAAUCACAACAGAACUUAAAAAUACAUUGACGUGAUUAAUCAAUAACCAGAAGUAUCUGAGAACUUGCAAAUAACUGUGAUUUUUAUGAAUGCAGGUUAUGAAUGUUGAUUAAUUAUUUAAAAAAUUGCAUGUUGACAACAUCUAAUGAUGGAAUCUUUAACAAAUGUGUAUAUUUCUUUAAUGUGUUCAAGAAACUUUACCUAUCUUGAAA